ACAGUGCUAGUGGACAGCCACCGGACAAGUGAAUCUUUUCGUUUCGCCGUCUCUUCAGAAUAUCGCUUUCUUAAAGAUGGAGCAAACUAACAUUUGAUUGGGCUUGGCUUGAUCAUUGUCUUUUUUCUUCUUCUUCCUCGAGAGAAUAUAUAUGUUUUUCUCUUUCUGUAGACUUGUUUAAACAUUUUAGUUCUGGACGCCUCCUCCGUUCUCAUGAAUUGAAUUCAACUUUGCUGCUUUUGAAGAAAGAACGCAGAAGGUGUUUUUUUUUUUUUAAUGUCUGUGGGACAGAAGCGCAUAAAGCUGUAGCUGAAAUAUGGAGAAUAUUCUUGGAUUUAUUUGGCUGAAAAAGCUGGCUUUUGUAGUUUUCUGGGUAGCCUAUCUGAAAAGUGAUGCUAAAGUGUACGGUUCACAGGUGAAGAACUUUAUCUCGCUGCAGUUUUUGCAGGAGCCUGCUGAUAUUGUGACAGUGAGAGGAGGCAACGUGCAGCUGGCCUGCUCUGCAGAGUCGGACCAAGGCACUCCUGUCAUCUCCUGGAAGAAGGAUGGGGUGUUCCUAAACUCCGCGGUGGAGGAGAGGAGACAGCAGCUACCUAACGGGUCUCUCAUAAUACAAAACGUGGUGCAUUCCCGGCACCACCGGCCAGAUGAAGGGCUGUACCUGUGUCAGGCCUCACUGGAGGGUGUGGGCGCCAUUGUGAGCAGGACGGCUAAAGUAACUGUAUCUGGGCCUUUGAGGCUUGUCACUCAGACAGAGUCUGUCUCAUCCUUUGUUGGAGACACUGCCCUUCUGAAGUGUGAGGCGUCGGGAGAGCCCAUGCCUUUGGUACACUGGCAGAAGAACCGUGAGGAUCUCCCAGUGGACCUUGACAGUGACAGCCGUGUGGUGGUGCUGCCUUCCGGGGCACUGCAGGUCAGCAGAGUGCAGCCUCCUGACUCUGCAACCUACCGCUGCCUGGCCGAGAACCCAGGCAGCUCCCGGACCGGCAACGAUGCGGAGCUCAAAGUGCUUCCAGAGCCAGGCAUUCACAGACAAAUAUCCUUCCUUCAGCAACCUUUUAAUGUGGUGGCUUCUGAAGGAAAAUAUGCGAUCCUGGAAUGUUCUGCUUCUGGGUUUCCAAUUCCAAGCUUUCUGUGGAUGCGAGGAAAUGAACUCAUCCAAACAAGAUCAAAAAAGUAUUCCUUGCUGGGAGGUAGCAACCUGCUCAUUAGCAGUGUCACAGAUGAUGAUUCUGGAACCUACACCUGCAUAGCGUCAAACAAGAAUGAGAAUAUUAGUGCUUCGUCUGACCUCUCUGUUAUGGUACCUCCGAGGUUUCUGAAUUACCCCUCUAACCUCUACGCCUAUGAAAGCAUGGAUAUUGAGUUGGACUGUGCUGUCACAGGAAAGCCUGCACCCACCGUUCGGUGGGUUAAGAAUGGAGAAGUGGUUAUCCCAAGCGACUACUUUCAGAUUGUGGGUGGCAGCAGCCUUCACAUCCUGGGUCUAGUAAAAUCGGAUGAGGGGUUCUAUCAGUGUGUGGCAGAGAAUGAUGCAGGGAAUGUGCAAGCUAUUGCCCAGCUUAUCAUCCAGGAACCCGUUGUCCCAAGCACCAGAGCCCUCCCCUCUGCCCCCAGAGAUGUGGUCCCUGUCCUGGUCUCAAGCCGCUUUGUGCGCCUCAGCUGGCGCCCACCUGUGGAGACCCAUGGAAGUGUCCAGGCCUACACUGUCUACUUCAUCAGAGAAGGCACCAACAGAGAGAGAGCCACAAACACCUCGCAGUCCGGCACCUUGCAGCUCACAGUGGGGAACCUGAAGCCCGAGGAGACAUAUUCCUUCAGAAUAGUAGCCUAUAAUGAACAGGGCCCAGGAGAGAGCUCACAGCCUAUCAGAGUGUCUACUCAGCCUGAAUUGCAAGUUCCAGGGCCAGUAGAGAACCCCCAGGCUAUGGCCACAUCUGCAACCUCAAUCCUUGUUUCCUGGGAAGCUCCUGCUUAUGACAAUGGCCCCAUCCAGGGCUACAGAUUGUUCUGCACAGAGACGGCGUCUGGAAAAGAGCAGAAUCCUGAAGUGAAUGGGCUAUCCUACAAGUUGGAGGGACUGAAGAAGUUUACUGAGUACUCAAUUAAGGUUCUGGCAUACAAUCGAUAUGGAACAGGCAUAUCCACUGAGGAUAUGAAGAUUACCACACUUCCAGAUGUGCCAAGCUCCCCCCCUCAGAACAUUUCUUUGGAAGUUGUCAACUCAAGAAGUAUUAAAGUCAGCUGGAUGCCUCCACCCUCAAACAUGCAAAAUGGCUUUAUCACUGGAUACAAAAUCCGACACCGAAAAAAUGGGCGUAGAGGAGAACAGGAGACGCUUGAGCCAAAUAACCUUUGGUAUCUGUUUACAGGGCUGGAGAAAGGAAGUCAGUACAGUUUCCAGGUGGCUGCCAUGACUGAGAUUGGGAUGGGCCCUUCCACAGAGUGGUACACAGUGGAAACUCCAGAGAAUGAUCUAGAUGAAUCACAGGUGCCAGAUCAGCCAAGUUCUCUCCACGUUAGACCCCUGACCACCAGCAUUGUCAUGAGCUGGACACCCCCACUGAACCCCAGCAUUGUGGUCAGGGGUUACAUCAUUGGCUAUGGGGUGGGCAGUCCCUAUGCCGAGACUGUUAGAGUGGACAGCAAGCAGCGCUACUUCUCCAUUGAAAAUCUAGAGCCAAGCUCCCAUUAUGUUAUUUCCCUGAAGUCCUUCAACAAUGCAGGAGAAGGGGUCCCUCUCUACGAGAGUGCAGUUACCAGAUCUAUGACAGACCCUGUUGACCCAACAGAUGAUUUGUAUCAUUUGUUUGAUAAAUUCCCUACCCCAAUCCCAGAUACCUCCACCCCCAUGAUCCCACCUGUAGGUGUGCAGGCUGUGGCACUCACCCCUGACUCUGUACGGGUCAGCUGGGCUGACAAUUCAAUGUCCAAGAACCAGAAGGUGACUGAGGUACGCUUCUACACUGUCAAAUGGAAGACCAGCUACUCCACCAGCGGCAAAUACAAGUCUGCAGACACCACAGCCCUCAGUCACACUGUAACAGGACUCAAACCCAACACCAUGUAUGAGUUUUCUGUCAUGAUAACGAAAGGUCGAAAGUCAAGCACAUGGAGUAUGACUGCACAUGCGACAACCUAUGAAGCUGCUCCCAGUUCUGCCCCAAAGGAUCUCACUGUAAUCAACAGGGAAGGGAAACCUCGGGCAGUCAUCAUCAGCUGGCAGCCACCAUUGGAGGCCAAUGGAAAAAUCACAGGAUACAUCCUUUUCUACACAUUGGACAAAAACCUGCCUAUUGAUGACUGGGUUAUGGAGUCUAUCAGUGGUGAUCGGCUCACCCACCAGGUCAUGGACCUCAACCUGGACACGGUUUACUAUUUCCGCAUCCAAGCCAAGAAUGCAAAGGGGGUUGGCCCGCUCUCUGAUCCUAUCCUCUUCAGAACACCUAAAGUUGAGCACCCUGACAAAAUGGCUAAUGACCAAGGUCGUCAUGGAGACGGAGGAUACUGGCCAUCUGACACCAAUCUGAUAGAUAGGAGCAGCCUUAACGAGCCUCCCAUUGGUCAGAUCCACCCUCCUCAUGGCAGCGUGACCCCUCAGAAGAACAGUAACCUGCUGGUGAUCAUCGUGGUCUCAGUGGGCGCUGUCACUGUAGUGGUUGUGGUUAUCGUGGCUGUCAUUUGUACACGCCGCUCGUCAGCACAGCAAAGGAAGAAACGUGCCACCCACAGCACCGGCAAGAGGAAAGGCAGCCAGAAAGAUCUGAGGCCCCCGGAUCUGUGGAUCCACCAUGAGGAGAUGGAGCUGAAGAACAUUGAGAAACCCUCGGGUUCUGAUCCCUCAAGCCGCGAUUCGCCCUUGCAGGGCUGUCAGGACAUCACGCCUGUCAGUCACAGCCAAUCGGAGAGCCAGAUGGGCAGCAAGAGCAGUCACUCAGGUCUGGAUGCGGACGAGGUGGCCAGCAGUAUCUCCACACUGGAGCGAUCCCUUGCUGCCCGCAGAGCUACACGUACCAAGCUAAUGAUCCCCAUGGACUCCCAGCCUAGCAACACACCCAUUGUAAGUGCCAUACCCGUGCCAACUUUAGAAAGUGCCCAGUACCCAGGAAUCCUGCCUUCUCCUACCUGUGGGUACCCACACCCACAGUUCACGCUUCGCCCAGUGCCAUUCCCCACGCUCACCGUUGAUCGAAGCUACGCGGCAGCGAUAGCAGAGGGCACUGCAUCACACUCCCAGCAUCAGUCUCUGAUCGCCCAAACGCAGUCAGAACAAGCGGUCACUGAGGAGAUACCCAGCAGAACUAUCCCCACAGCCUGUGUUCGUCCCACUCACCCUCUCCGCAGCUUCACCAACCCCUUGCUACCUCCCCCCAUGAGCGCCAUUGACCCCAAAGUCCCCUACACACCGCUUCUGUCUCAGACAGGUGCAAAUCUACCAAAGGCUCUGGUGAAGACUGCCUCCCUGGGUUUGGCUGGAAAGGCGAGAUCUCCACUGCUUCCGGUUUCCGUGCCAACGGCCCCAGAGGUCACAGAGGAGGGCCAUAAACAGCCAGAAGACCCUGCCAGUGUAUAUGAACAAGAUGACCUGAGUGAACAAAUGGCUAGUCUAGAAGGACUAAUGAAGCAACUUAAUGCCAUCACUGGCUCAGCCUUUUAACAACAACAAUUGACAGAGGCAAAGCCAACAGAAGCAUCACAGCACACCAGUAUUCCACAAUUGAAGAUACUGACAAGGAGGGUCUUAAUGAUACAAUCCCAUUUAAGUAAAGGAAACCAUGGCUCUGUCUUUUCAUAAGACAUUACUUUGGACAAGGCUUCAGUUAAAAAAAAAAAAAAAGCACUGGCUAGCCACAAAAAAAGAAAGCGCAACUUAAACCUAUUUUUGCCUAUGUAUUGAACCUUGUUUACAUAAUUUGUUUAAAACAUCACGCUAGUGUUAGUCUUCACAGAGUCACAUAGAUCCCUUUCUCACUCCUGUAGAAACCAGCAAAGGUGUCAAAACAGUUGCUGCUGGUUGGUUACAUUGGGAACUUGGGUGAUAUUAACUGGUUUGCCACGGGAACACCCUAUUCUGGUUUGAAAUGGAGCUGUUCAUACCAUUGCACUCCAUCUGAUCUGGACAGCUGUUAACCAACUGAUUAAAAAGCAGGAUUUCAUACACAGGUUUUGUGUAAUGCCCGUUUGUUUUUUUAACCAACAUUGAUAAGUCCUAAUGUCACAUGUUGAAUCUGGACAGCCUGUAAAACGUAAUCUUUGCUGUAAACAAUGUUUUUUUUUUUUUAGGGAAGGGUUGGAUAGUAUCAGUACUGUUGAAUAUAGAAAUCCUCACAUGGUUUUAGAGUAACUGAAAAAGUACUUGCCUAUAAAAUAAAUGUUACCCUAACCGAUGCCAAGCCUCCCAUCGCAUCCUGUUUUAUAAUUAUUACAAUGAGUCCCUUCACAACUUAGAAUUUGAUUUCGUACUGUCCUGUUUGUUGCCAUGCUGGGAACUGAAUCUGUGAUACAAAACAAUAUCUGCUUAUUAAAGGGAUUAGGCUAGGCUCAGAUUCACAAGAGAUACCGGUUAUCUAAUGUGUCUUCACUCAAUGUAUACAGUAGCAGUUGAUGUUGACUAUUUGUCUUUAUUCAAUAUAAAGCUGUAUAAAGCAAAAAAAACUUCAGUGAAGUCAUGUUUCUGAAUGUUCUUUAUUUACAUAUGUUUUAAAGCAUUUAAGGAGCAAAACUCAUACUAACCAGAUAAGUGCUUAAAAACUGAUACUAGUAUAUAAGUCAGUUGUAAGGUCUAUCACCUCCGCUAUUUACUGCAGAUCUGACUUACGCCCAGACCUGACAAGAUUUUUCUUUAUUGUCAGCAUAAUGUUGGAAAUAGAUAACACUCCUUCUUCCCCAUAUUCAUGUUCUUGCUUUAUGAGCAGUCAUGUAUAAAGAACAGUCAACAUUGUAUUUAUAAGAGAGGGUCCAGAAUGUUGUUUCUGUGAUAAUUGACUGAUAAGCUGCAUAUCAGUCUCAGUUAAGCAGAGCAUGUCAGUAUGUAACAUUUUUUAACAGUAUUUAGCAAAACACUUCCCCUUUUCCACAGAGGAUUGCAAGUGCGUGGGAAAUGUGUUGUCACCUUGUUUGUCUUCAGGGUUACAAUGUGUUCGUUUCAUGGUAACUUUCAGAGACAAGUUAAUGAGGUGAGACACCCUGGAAGAAAUACUUUGUAAAGGUGGUGACAAGAACAUAGUAAAAAUCUGUUUCAUACACAGCUGAAUCAGAGAAUCAGUGCAUUCCCCACCUUCACCCGUGUUAGUCACAGUGAAUCUGUCAUGAAAUAGUGCAGUUGCACAGCUGAGAAGACGUUCUUCUGUUAUUGUGAAUGACCCAUCAACCAUUUUGGUCUGAAAUUACUCUCCACCGAUCAAUAAUCCCCAGUUGUUAGAGAAGAUUAGCAGACUAGGAUUACAUUUUGCCUGUGCUCCCACUAAACAAUGUUUACAGUAUUUUAAACAUUUUUUCCUCUUUUGUAAUUAAUUGUCAUAUUCAUUAGGUGUGACUCAUAAAAAUAUUUUAUUCAGCUUCUGAAUUCAAGCUUCAAUGAACAGUAAUUUAAAACUGUGAGUAAUGAGUGGCUUCUUUACAACCUGAUGGCUCAUUUUUAUCACAGGCAUAAUUGUAACCGAGUCCCUGUGUGAAAUAGAUUGGGAAGAAAUGCAUUAUAAUGGAAAAGGUUAUUUAAAAGACUGUUUUACUCCUUUACCCACUGUAAUAUCUAUUAGGGACCAUGUUUUAGAUAUCAAAACCAUACACUUGAUUUACUGUAUGUAGUGAAUUCAAAAUGCCUUCAACAUUUCAAUUAUUCCUUGUACCAUUAUGGCUAUGUUUAUAUAUCAUAUAGCAUUUAAUGUUAGUUAAUAUAUGGGUUAAUGGGAGAGUUCGUUAGUGUUCCCUCUGUCAUUCAAGAUAGAUAGUGUAUAAUUAUACAAGGAUGUCUUGGCAUUUUGUAAAAUAAUGGUUAAG